GGCGGAUCGGCCCCGGAGCCACCCGCAGCCGCUGCCGCCGAGAGAGCAGAGGGAAGCGCACUCAUGCGAGUGGGCCUGCAGCCCCCUGAGCCUGGCCUGGCUGUGAGCUGCAGGCAGCCCCAGUGACCCCAGCAGCAGCAGCCAUGGCCCAGUCCCGGACCAACGGCUCACACUACGCCCUGACAGCCAUAGGGCUGGGCAUGCUCGUCCUGGGCAUCAUCAUGGCUGUGUGGAACCUCGUCCCUGGCUUUGGCCCCCCUGAAAAACCCACCCCCCACCCUGGGAACAGCAGCAAACCCGACCACGGCGACGGGGCCGUCCUCAAGAGCAAAACCUUCUCGGUGGCCUAUGUGUUGGUAGGGGCAGGUUUGCUGCUGCUGCUGCUCUCCAUCUGCUUGAAUAUCCGGGACAAGAAGAGGCAAAGUGAAGAUAUCAUCCAUGUGCAGCACCAGUCUGCAGAGCCCUCGCAGCAGGAGGACAGCCAAGAAGAGGAUGAAGACACAUCUUCCCAGUACUACGUCCCCAGCUACGAGGAGGUGAUGAACACAGGCUACUCUGAGCCCAGAGACUUGGACAGGAGCAACAGGAUCAGUGUGUCCCUGCCCUCCUACGAAUCCCUGACGGGGCUGGAGGAGAGCAGCCAAGCUCCAGGAGCCACGGGCACGGAGCCUGGCCGGCACAGCUCCCGCCUCAGCAAGCGCCUCAAGCCCCUCAAGGUCCGCAGGAUCAAGUCAGAGAAGCUGCACCUGAAGGACAUCAGGUUGGACCUCAGCCAGGGGAACACCAGCAUCCCUGUCACGAUAGAGCCACUGACCCCUCCCCCCAAAUAUGAAGAGAUCCAGGAGAAAGUGCCAGAAAGCAAGGAAAUGACUUCAAAAUAGAAGAGGGAUGUGUGAUGCUGAUGGGGGUGUUGGUGGUUGUUUUGGGGUUUGGUUUUAAAAGCACACUAAGAGGGGCUCAGGUUGGGGGUGCAGAAGCAGUCCAGAGCUCCCAAGAAGCAGGGAUGUGGAGGACACAAGGGGUGCACAGGGCUGUGGCAUAGGGACAGGAGAUGUUUUUCCCAGGACUGGGCUUUAUAAAAGACUCUGAGGAAUUAAAUGUGAACGCCAGUAGGUCUGCUGGCCUGAAGGAAAAGAAGGCUGCAAGUGCCAAACAGUGUAGUCUGUGGUGUUUUACAGAAGGAUCACCCAAUGUAGCUUCUCACCCUCACUCCUCCUUGCACCAGCAAGGCUCCUCCAAGCCACCAACCUGAUACCAAACAAGGAUUUUUUUUUCCAAGUGGAAAAGGACAACUUUCCUAUUUCUUGGUUUUGGUGCCUUUUUUCUGAGUAAGGCCAAUGGCAUUGCCAGAGGAGCACUGCAGCUUCCCCAGCUCCCAUCUAGGGCUGUGAUGGUGGCCCAGGGCCAGCCCCUACUCCUGCCAAGGUCUGUGCUUGCUGGUGGGAAGUGGGCUGAGACAAGGCCCCGUGCUCCUCAGGGGAGAGGAUGGAGUUCUUGCCUCAGUUGCCUUCUCUGUCGUGUUUUGUGCUGGGAUGUGAAGGGACUUGUCUGAGGCGAGUGAAUAAAUCUGGGGGAGGGCUGGGAGCUGAGUGCACCACUGCCAGGAGGGU